ACUUCUGGCGCCAUGCUCCUUAGUUCAUGGUGCUUUUUCUCUCUUUGGUUUCUCUCCGGCUGGGCUGCACUUGUUAACGUUACAAUUGACGACGAACUCGGCGACACUCUCACCAAGGCACAAAUCAUCUACUCCCCAAUCGACGCAUGGGAUACCCGCACUAGCUGCAAGGCAAAUUCUCCGACUUGUGCCGCUCGUCCGGAUGAUACGAAGCUAGUUGGGGGAACUUGGCAUGAAUCCACAUUCAGUCGGGCCAGCUCAAACAAACACCCCAAUGUUCCUUCGACCGCGACUGCCGCAUUUAAUGGAUCGGCAGUUUACGUCUUUUGCGCUAUUCCACGCACAUCCUUUGCUCCCAACGGAAACAUCCAGCUAACUUUUUACAUCGACGGUGUCCAAGCUGGCCAGUUUUCUCGCAUGGCAACCUCCUCGACUGGUUUCGACUAUAAUGUUCCAGUCUUUGUUCUUGAGCAGCUCACAUCUGCCCCGCACACACUAACUAUCCAGAAUGGCAUUCAAGGCGGCGCAGACUCGCUCAUGAUCCUUGACUCGAUUGUUUACACAGUUGAUAGCGACCACCAAGCACAAGGCCUGAAUGCUGCCAAGUCAACUAAGGGUAUCUCCAGCGCGACAAUGGCAGUUGUUGGCGUCCUAGUCUUUGCGGUUCUCGUGAUGCUUGCACUUCUCGCAGUAUUCCUGAUUCGUCGACAUCGAAAACGGCGCGGAGUAUAUGCACAAUAUAUGCCCAAAGGUGCUGUCAAAGCAUACCCCUCAUUCCUUACCCCCUCGCCUGCAUCUACUCCUCGCCUUUCCCCAGCGCCAUCGCCACUCUUCGUAUCGUCUGUCAAUGCUGGACCUGUCACGAUGCCGCCCCCUGCUUAUAACGGAAACACGUCAGGCAAUUGGUGGGCAGGACGAGAUCAGAAGGUGGCAGCUGGCAUCGGGAGCCAACGACCAUACGGGGAUUUGGAUCCUUCCUCGUCAAAUUUCCAACGUCCACAAGGGUGGGAACGUUCUCGUCAACGGUCAUCUUCUUGA